UCUGACAAAGGCAAACGCGAUCUUUUAACAAAAGGGCAAUCGCGUAUUACAAACGCGAUCUCUAAACAAAAGGCCUUUCGUGGUUCAGUUGGUGAGGAGGUUGCUCCAUCCUACUACUCGUCCUAGGUGGUGAAUCGGGAAGUUCACUUUCGGUUCUCUAGGGUUUACUCUGCUUAGCUUACCAAUGGCUGAUCCUGAGUUAGAAGCAAUCAGAAAGAGAAGGAUGCAGGAGCUUAUGGCUCAGCAAGGCAUGGGAAGUCAACAAAACUCUGAACAGCAGAAGGCUCAGGAGGAUGCUAAGAGGGAGGCGGAGGAGCGAAGACAAAUGAUGCUCAGUCAGAUAUUGUCUGCUGAGGCUCGAGAAAGACUUGCUCGAAUUGCUUUGGUGAAACCUGAGAAAGCAAGAGGUGUUGAAGAUGUCAUAUUGAGAGCUGCUCAAAUGGGGCAGAUAACAGAAAAGGUUUCUGAAGAAAGACUCAUAUCAUUGCUGGAGCAGAUAAACAACCAAACAACCAAGCAGACGAAAGUUACUAUACAAAGGCGUCGCAGUGUCCUUGAUGAUGAUGAUUAGCUGUUGCUAUGAUAUCCCUUCGAAAGUUCGAAUUACUCUGGAAGAGUUUUCAUUUGUAACCGGUCACAUUCAUAUGUAUGACAAUAUCUAUCUUGUGGGUGGCAUCUGCUAAAUUUAUGGUUACGUACACAUGACCUGAGAUAUAUAGAUUACUUAACAUUCAGUGCUCUCUUCACAGAACCUUUUUAGAUGUAAUAAUCACAAAUGACUGCAAGCUGUUCGGGCUUGGCGAGACUUGGAGAUGAGCAAGAAUAAUUUUACAGCUCUGGUUGUUGAUGCCUGUUUGGGUGAUGCCCAUUUACUAGUCAGCAAACGUACCAACAGGUUAAGUCUAUGAAGAGAGCUUGUGAACAGAUUGGAUCCACGGGAGACAUGGAGAUUUCUCCUUCUAAGGUUG